AUGUAACAGAGUUUAUUGGGAGUAAAUCCUCCUUGAUUAAUCAAUCAACCAACCGAUCAAUUCCUUAAUUAAUUUAACGAGAUCUUAAACCCUGGAGAACGUAAUCAACCUAGAAAUGUUGAAUAUCUGUCCUGCAGAUAGAACACGUGCAAAUGUGUUCAUUUCUAGUUUAACUCAGGUUUAGGAUGUGAAUGAUUGAGCUGGGAUGAGUAGCUUAAGUGAUGUUGAGGAGGACGACAGUGUUACCAUUGAUGAUGUUCAAACAUUAAGACAGAAUGGUCUUGGAAAUACAAACACUUCCAGGGGUCAUUCUUCACCCGAUACUCCUUCCCUAGGAUCCAAUAUUUCAGAACCUGAGAUAUCUCUGCCUUCAGAUGCUCUAGAUUCUACAGUCAAGAGAGUUAUUUUCAGCCAUCAAAAGAACUUUUACCCGAUGAAUGGAAGAUUGUCUGAGAACUCAUUAGAGGAUUUACUCUCAAAUCCUGUUGGAAAGGAGCUUCUAACUAACGGUGAUGUGAGUAAACUCAUCAAAAACGAGGAAAUAAGGUCUAAGAGUACAAGUGCUCGAAGUGCUCAAGUAUGGGAUACUCUGGAUGAUAUUCAAAUUCUAAGCAGUCAACAGAACAAAACAAAAUCAGCCACAGCAAGGUUGAAGAUGUCCUCAGUUGCACCACAAAGUUUCGAAGAUGAUAAGGAUCCUGUUCAUUCACUAGUUCCAGCUGGGCUCGUCAAGGCUACUGAUACUAUUGGGAUCGUUCUACCCAAAUAUUCAACAAUAGGUGAAAGUAUUCGACGGAAUACUCCUAAUGAGGUUCAGUGCUCUAUGUUCUGUGGUGGCCGACGGUGCAAGUAUGAGAGCGGAAAUAGUUGGACCAAACAGGAUAUGGCUUUACAGGGAAUAUAUUCCUCCUGGAUUACCUCGGAUAUUCUAGCCAUGGCCAGACCUAACACAGCUCAGAUGGAGGAGUUCAAGUUAAUUGAACAGUUCGAACAGACGGGUAUAAAAUCUGUAGUUAAUCUUCAGAUGCCUGGUGAGCAUGCUAGCUGUGGACCUAAACUUGAACCAUCAGGAUUUACAUAUGAUCCGAACGAGUUAAUGAAAAGAAAAAUCUUCUAUUAUAAUUUCAUCUGGAGAGAUUUUGGUGAAACCUCGUCAAGUAAUCUCCUGGAUAUGGUUAAGGUGCUAUCUUUUGCUUUGUCAGAAGGGAAAGUUGCAGUUCACUGUCAUGCAGGCCUGGGCAGGACUGGUGUUCUUAUAGCUUGCUACUUGGUUUAUCAUCUUAGGGUCAGAUCGAACGAUGCAAUUAGAUAUGUCCGGCUAAAAAGACCAAAUGCAGUUCAAACAAGAGGACAAAUUGCAACUGUAAAAGAGUUUGAAACAUUCUUCCUUCCACAGUGUUUAGUGUACAGUACUAAACCUCCGGCAGAACGAGACCGUAAGGUUGGAAGGUUUACAGUAGAGACCUGCUUGAAGCGCCAGAAAUAUAUAAGCCACGGUUACGAGGCGAGGACAUUAAAAUAUAUUCCUAAAAUACUUUAUGUACUCUGUGAACGUAUUAUCAGACUGUGUGACGAAGGUAACAAGAGCUACGAUGUAAAUGUUUGUAAUUUUACCAGGAAAUUCCUGGCAUUUAAGAUAAACAAUAGUUUGGAGCUUAUGAGUGCUCCGGGUUCUCUAGAGUCUACUCCAAGUGACAGUAUGAUGGCUACCAGACGAUCCAGUCACUCCGCCCUUAACGGGCAUACUGAGAUGAGCACAGCAACCACGACUCCGGGGGAGUCAAGACCUAACUCUGAAACCAACUCCCUGGUUCAAUCUUGCUCAUCCGCUCUCUCCGGGGUAGAUGAUAAGAACCUGGAUGAAAUACUCGGAGACGGGAUAAAGUCCCAGAAACUGGAGGAGAACAAUGUAACCCAAGAGCUGGCAUCUAGGUUGGAUCUGCAUAACUAUGUGAUGGCUGAGAAGUUACCGAUCUAUAAGACUGAGUUUGUCUACGAGGGUCUAAUGGAGCAGCAUGUAAAUAUUGCCAAGGCUACAGGAGAAGAGAAAUGGUCCUCCACGUGGCAGGUCAAACAGUACCAGCAGGAUUUAAACUUCCGUGAGUCCGCCUGGGACAAAUUAAAAGCUGAAACUAGCAUACAAGUAUUAUCCACCCUAUUAUUUGACUGGUUGGAACAUCUUAAAUCUCCAGUAUUGGACAAAGACAGUAUCACAUAUAUAGUGAUUUUGGGAGAUAAUCUAGAGAAGACUUAUAGACGUCUACCUAGCCAUCAGGUGUACAUACUAGAAUACAUAAUCAGGUUUGUAGCCAGGUUGCAGCCCCUCAAACGUCCACAGGUUGAAAGUUUAAUGAAACGACUUUUAGCCUCUUUGACUCAGCAGACUAUACCAGUAGCAGGAGUACUGCAGCCGGCUGGAAAGAAUUUCCCCAAACUACGGGGAGGAACAUUAGCCUCUUGUCUCAAGUUUAUGAUGACUGUUUACGAUAUUGUAUACGAGAAGGAAAGUCACGGUACAAUGAGGAUGGAUGAUUCUACCACUAAGAAGAUGCUGGAUAUCCUGGAUGGGUUUCAAGCUCUCAGCUCUGAACCACAAACUUAAAUAUUUUACAAAACCUUGUUCAUUUCUAUACGAGACUGAUUUCAACAAGCUGAUUUCAACAAACUCGGUUUAGGUCGAUAUUAAAAACAUUGAUAAAUCAGUUUACAGAUUCAGCAGAUUACAAUACAACAUAUAAAGAGCAAUAACAAUUUAUUUAGAUCUGUAGAACCAACAUUUAUGACUCUUACGAAAUAUUUUGAACAGUUUUCAGUUUUCUCUGUAUAUCAGCUCAUUCAUCAUUUUAUUACUAAAAUUAUAUUUUAUUCUCAUCCAAUAUUUGCAAUACAAGGAUCUUUCCAGUUCAAUUAAGUAAAAACUGUCCUAUAUUCAAUGAGCACAUCCCCGUAAACUGUCGUCUCUUCCUCCGGCAGCCAUUUUUCUUCAAGGUCGUCAUUACUUGUUUUUUAAGAAUUCAAUUUUACAGUAUGAGUCACAUCACAUUUUAAACGAUACAAUGUCCCCAAAUUGAGGGUUGAACAAGCAUGUUGAUUUAUUAAAACGUAGGAUUUUCAUCGUAAUUUCUUGUGUUAAUUUUAGCUUUAAAGGUUAUAAAUCAUUUUAAGAUGGCUUGAUGCCAUGGAAAAGAAAUUUGAAUAAAACGA